AUGGAUACAGAAAAGUUAAUUAUCGUCAUUGGAAUUACCGGUGUUCAGCUACCUGGAUGGAAUGUCCGCGGAACGACCCGUUAUCCCUCUUCUGACAAGGUCGAAGCCUGGAAGGCCAAAGGCGCUGAGAUAGUUUCGGCAGACCUCGACAACCAAUCGAGCCUGGAGCUUGCGUUUCAGGGAGCCAAUGUCAUCUUUGGGGUUACUGAUUUUUGGACUAUCUUCCAAGAUCCCACAAGCAUGGCGAAGAAGAAGCCAGUACAGGACAUUACACAGUAUUGUUAUGAAGUUGAAGUGAAACAAGGCAAAAACCUUGCCAAUGCAGCAGCAGCAACGAAAACCCUUGAUCGUUUUGUUUUCAGCUCCAUGGCAAUGGCAAGCAAAUGGAGCAAUGGAAAGUUCACUCAACUCUAUCAUAUGGAUUCCAAGGCAGUUGUGGCAGAAUACGCCAAAGCCCUGCCGAGUUUGAAAGACAAAUUCUCUCAGAUUCAAGCCCCGAUAUAUUUUAAUCUGCUAUGGCAGUGGGGUCUACCAACGACACCCAAAAAGCAAGCUGAUGGGACCUACCGAAUCCGUGGUGUUGGACCAGGUAACAUUCCAAUUCCAUUUGGCGAUGUGCAGGGUGAUUUUGGGAAAUGUGUAAAGGUAGUUGUGCAAGAAAAACCAGGGCUCAAUCUCCUUGCUGUGGGUGAGAUGUUGUCCUGGGACUCGUAUAUUGAGACCUGGUCCAAGUCUCAGGGUGUUCAGUCUGGUGGUUACGAAGAACAUACAAUCGAGUCAUUCAUGAAGCUUCUUCCCGGUGGAUUAGGCCGGGAGUUUGGCGAAAAUGUCUUGUUUGGGCAACAGUUUGGAUACGAUGGGUCAGACCCAACUGUAGUGCGACCUUCAGACUUUGGUAUCCCUAUGAGUUCUUUCAAGGAGUACUGUGAGCGGACAGAUUUUUCCUCUAUUCUAUGA